GGGGGACCAUCUUCAACCGACGUCAGUUUCUCCACCAAAUCAACACAGGACAGAAACGAUCCGGCCCCAACGCCAGACCCGAACCGUGAGUUGCAAAUAGUUACCACUUUAGUUACUUUAACUAUAAUAAUCCGAUAUGUUGCGCUUGCUCAAUUCGCUCUACAAGGGAACAGUUACAGCUUUCUUUUUGCUUUACAGCCGGAGGAAAUUCGACAAGUUAGUAAAGCAACAGCUGAUGUUUGUUGAUAAGUGUUGCAAUGACAGAAACCGAAGUAGAUUUUCACGCUGCUAGAGGUUACUCCUCGUAUAGAGUGCUCUUCCGAAGCUUUUAUACUUAGGAUUCGCACAUUUAUCAGAGAAUGCACUAGAGCAGUGGUUUUCAAAUGGGGGUCCAUGGGGGUUCAAGGGUGCUCGCGAGGUCCUCACUUGUCGGUGAGCUUACUACACCUGCGCGCGCGUCUUCCGCAUGCAGAUACAGGUAUGACACUUUCUAUUAGUAACAUAGCUCCGUGCACGCUACGGCUCACUGGUAAGAAAAAUAAUGCACUCAUAAGCUAUUCACUCAUUCACUGCUACUUGUGUAAUAAAAAUACUAAAUUAUCUCAGUUUUCAAGCAGUAUAUAUAGCUAUGUAUAGCUUGUGCUCGUGCCUGCGUGUGGACCUUAAAGGGAUCCACUCCACGCGGCCCCCAUCACAGCCCAGAAGGGCUCCUUGACACAUGCACGACUGAGAACCACUGUACUAGAGAUUCAUUUUUACGUGCGUAUCAAUUGCUUGUCACAAGAAAAGGGUCCAACCGACCGAAUGUUUUCCCUUCAAGAUGUCACGACUACAGACGCACUACCCCCCAUAGGAUUUCAACGCGAAGCCGAAGACAAUACGUCCGCUAUGAAAUACGCUCUUCAGCUGGAUGACGCCAAGCCUUCCACGAAUUCCAGAAUGUCAUUCGGAUUGUACCAGGUUAAUGCAGGAGCAGCAAGCCUUGGGAAGAACGACGACUGGAAGAAAAUAUAUAGCGAGCUGAUGGACGCAACGUACGCCGCGGAUGGCGAUACAGAUGCAGUUACCUCGCCGCCUACCAGCUACAACGACUCACCGAGAACUAGCGUGCAUAGUGUUCGAUCAACACCACGGCGACGAGCAGAACCAGCAAUUGAACUUCAAAUAUUCGAUCCAUCUUCCUUAAUAUCGCUGAACGAAACGGAUGAUACCAGUAAUAUUGAAGGUAACUCGCCGGUCAACGUAAAAAAUCGAACGCUUCACUUCGCUUUGCCGAAUACCGACAAGUGUACCGUAUGUGCCGGUGAAGUGGCUAGGUUGAAGCAGCUUAUAAGCUCGACGAAAGCGCCCUGCAACGACUUCUACGAGUUUGUGUGCGCUAGAUUCAGCAGAACACUUAAGCUGGUUGGCAACGUCAAGUUCGUGACGUCACCCAUCAGCCAAGACAUUAUCAUUGCCAAGAGCGUCGAAGAUAAGUUGCUACGUGUGCUUGCAGAUUACCUUUCAGGGAACAAGGAAGCAGGAUGGGCACACAAGGUAGCGUGGGACAGCUGCGUGUUAGACAAGCAAAGCCCCACGACUUCAAAGUCGGUGCUUCGUCGUUUAGUUGAAGACCUUGGACUGGUGGGCUGGCCGUACAACAGCCGCGAACACUUCACCGAGGGCACAGUUGCAAGAAUCACAGCUGCCCUCGCUCGACAACUGGGCCUAAACGUGCUCUUUGGAGUCGGUCUAGUGUCACUGGUCGCCGAUGACCAUUCAAGACACUACUUCAGCAUAGAAGAGCCUGACCUGCUUCUACGAUCUUGCAACACCAUCAGCCCAACGCGCGAAGUCACUUGGUACUCUGAGCUCGUCAAGGCGGCCAUACUCAUAUUGACAUCUAACAUCACUGGCAUAAUCGACAUACAGGAAGCCAUCUUCAGUAUAUCCUGCAGUCUUGCUAAGGCUGCAUCCAGAAAAGAAGAACGCACCUAUAUUUUUCAACAGACCACAAUUCAGCCACUGAUGAGCAUGAACACCCUGGUGAUGCCAAUCAAAGCCUUUCUACAGGACAUCACAACCCUCAGCAUGGACGCCAGCAUCGCGAUCAAGCACCCUGCGUUUAUCGAAGUACUUCAAUCACUUCUCCAGCCAGAGAACUAUGCAAGCUUGAUGAACUACCUCGGUUUUCGAGCCCUUGUGUACCUAUCUGCAAUGUCAUCUCUGGGACGCGAUGAGUUCACCCAUGCGACGAUGGAGUCCAUGACUGGUUGGCGCCAGAAGUCGUGGGAACGACCUACCGUCUGCUUGCGACUCGUGGAGAAGCUGUUACCAGAGCUUUUGCUCUUCAGCUAUUACAAGCACUAUUUCAACAGCACUGAUGUAGGCAUGAAACAUCUCUUUGUGGACGCUAUGACAGAUUCCGUCGUUCAACUGGCCGCAAGAUCACCGUGGGGAAGUAGCAGUUCGUAUGUCAUGAUGAUUAAUCACACGCUUAGCGUAUUGAAGGUGAAACGCUUUCUGCCGUCUUGGCUACAAAGAUUCAAGGAACGAUGGUUCUUCAACAGACACGCACUCAAAGGUCUGACAUCCGGCAGCUUCAUCAAACUCCACGCGAACAUCCAGAGCAACAUGUGGCAGUUGUAUCUGAACAAAAGUAUGAGGUCCAGAUUGGAAAAGUGGGACGCAAGCGUAUUUGACACCAUGCUUUCUUUCAACGCCCACGAAAAUGUUCUAUACAUUCCGAUGUCUAUCUUUGAUAUCGAGGACACAUACUCUAUACCUCUGCACGAUGAUUCCAGCAUUAUGUACGCAGCGUUUCUGUUCUGGAAGUUCCAUUAUGCCCUGGCUCCCUUGUUUACUGCUAUUGCACUGAAUGAGCGAUCGAAAUCUUCCAAGCACAUCAACGCUCACACAUCGUUCACUGCUUACAAGGAAUGUGUCAUCAAACAGUACAAGCAAAAAGUAGACAAAGUUACGAGACUACGGCUGAAUGCGGACAGCACGUUUCUAACUGACAAUCGUGAUAUGUUCUCAACAAUACGAUCCCCUCCCCCAGUCCCUGAACCUCCGGAUGGUGGAAGAACAUUAUUCCAACAGUUCACAGCAAGCCAACUGUACUACAUCUAUUAUACUCUGGGAAAGUGCGAGAUUCACGCUGAGGAACACAUAGAUGAGGUGAUUGAAAAAGGAGACUUCAGCCCCCCUCGUUACCGUGUCAACAUUCCUCUUCGAAAUUCGAAAGAUUUCCGAGAUACGUGGGGUUGCAAACCUCCGCUCUGCAGGCUCAACGCCGAAGAUCAAUUUUAACCUCUCCAUUAUUUAGCGCAGAACGUUGAGAAUGCACACUUUGCGUUCCUUGCUUUAUGGAAUGACGAAACUAAGGGACGAAUUCUACUUAUUUUAUUCGCAUAUAUAUGGUAUAGAAUAUAUAAAAUCAUGAAGUAGUUUCAGGACGAAGAAUAUGUUGGUACAAAUAGACAACUUAAUACGAAGCAAAUAAAAUAA